AUAUCAACAGCUCUUUACAUUUACGAUUGUUUGUGCCCUUCAGUGACCAGAGAAGCUCUUCCAAGAGUUCCCACAGGUUCUCCUACAGGAGUUCCCAUAGUCUGGAUAGUGUUGGGAGUUUCCGUGGCUCUUUCUGCUUUGGUGGUGGGGAUAAUUGCCUACCGUAAGAGAGCAAAAAGGAAUGAACGGUAUUUCAUAAGAUGUUAUUGUCUUUAUGACUGCUUUGUAUUAUGAUAAUGAUAUGCAUGCGGAAAAAGACGAUAUUUUUUUCCUUGGAAGUGUCUGUUGGUCUUUAAGUGUCUCUCUCUCAGUCAAGUCGCGCUGGUGAGUGAACUUCCUUACAGACCAAGGCGAUGUACUUUUAUCACCUUGUAUGAACCAGAAAGCCAUCUCUGAUUUAAGCAUUACCACAAGCCCACGAUUAAUGACGACGAAUUUCAAAAACAUUAAAAGGAACACAGUCAGCUAUGGGACCGUGCUGACGUGGACACUACUUUUGCCGGUUUGAAGAGUUUACCUCAACCCGAAAUCAAAUGUGCGCGUCGGCUACUUCUAGAAAUCCGCUUCAAUCUUGCCUAGUGUUUCAUUCGAUCCUCCAUCUUUUACAGAAGACCUCUUUUUGAGAAAAUUUAACCCAUCCUAUGACAUCAUUUCAUCACAUUUGGUUAAAAACAGUAUCCAAAGGAACAUGAACAGAGGAGGUGAGAAACACGUAGGUGUCGGGCGGGAGAAAUCGAUUUCGUUUACCAAAAUAACAAAAGAAAUGAAUCAAUAACAUUGGCGAGCAAAUAAUCGUUAUAUGUAUUUGGAAAAUCGAUGGAAAGAGUUGCAUAUGUUUGGAAAAAUCACGCUUUCUCGAUCUUGAAAUGGUAUCCAAUACGCAUGUGCAUCAGCUGACUGUGUCCCUUUAAUUUGCACUAUUUUCUCUAGGCCAAGUGAGUCUGACAUUGCUGAGUUUAUGUUGCUGGAAGUCCCACACGAGCAGGUUACUAUCAUGGAGGAACUAAAACGAGGCGCGUUUGGAAGAGUUUAUAAGAGCGUGAUGAGGGCGGUACCUGAAAAGAAUACUUUCUCCAAACCAAAGGAUCACAGUUUGGAUUCGCACGAGACACGUAUUGUUGCUACAAAAGUUCUACCAGGUGUGUGA